AUGGAGAGCACGGCUGCAGAGGCGGGCGCGCCUGCCUGUGGGGACUCCUCGGGAGGCACAUCCAAAUGCCGGAAACAGCGCACAGUUAGCGCGUCGUCUUCGUCGCCCCCUGAGUCUCCUGACUCUCCUGGUGCUGAAGGCCCUGGUCGUCGGCCGGCAAGCGUCUUCAAACUUAGUGCGUCUACGACGCCGCUAGGCUCAAUCUCCUUCUUUCCCCCGUCUGAAGGUCACGAGUCUGGGCUGUGCGCCUCCCCACACGGUGCGCUUCGAGAUCCCUGCUCCGAUGGACUUAACGAGCCCUCUAGGCGCCGCGGAGAUUGUUCCCCGUUUUCUGUCGACAGGGGCGCGCUAGGUGGAGCUCCGACUUGUUCGCUCUUCGCCCCUGAGAGAAGCACUCGACUCACUCUCAAUCCUUUUGCAGCCAGUGAAGAUGCCACGGGUAAGUAG